CUGGACACCGCAAGUCAAGAAAAACAAGAAGAAGAGGUUGUCCAGGCAUCUGAAGACGGGACAGGAGAAGAGCAGACAGCUGUUACAAUAGCCAGUGUUCAGCAGGCUGCAGCAUUUGGUGACCAUAACAUACAAUAUCAGUUCCGCACAGAGGGCGGGCAGGUGACGUAUCGUGUUGUCCAGGUGACUGACCAGCACCUCGAUGGAAGAGAGGAUGCAGGAGGAGCAGUGAGUGUCGUUUCAACCGCUGCGUUUGCUGGGGCUCCUCAGGCUGUGGCUCAGGCUGUGAUCCAAAACCCAUUCAGUAAUGGAGGAAGCCCAGCAGGAGAGGCAGUGGGAGGGGAGACCCGCUUCGCUUACUUCCCAGCAACUGCAGUGAGCGACGGGACUGUGUCUGUGCAGGCAGCCGCAGACCCAACGCUCACACAGGCGGGGGGUCAGUUUUAUGUGAUGAUGACACCCCCUGAUGUCAUUCAGACCGGCACUCCCCGAAGCAUCGCCCCGCGCACACAGCCCUACCCAGCAGAUGAAAACGAGCUGCUGCAGCAUGAAGGUUUAAACUGGAAAAUGGACGGACCCCGAACGCCAAGAGAUGAAAGGAGGAGAGCACAACAUAAUGAAGUUGAAAGGCGGCGAAGAGACAAGAUCAACAACUGGAUUGUUACACUUUCCAAGAUCAUCCCUGACUGCAGCAUGGACAGCACCAAGACCGGAGCAAGCAAAGGCGGCAUCCUAUCUAAAGCAUGCGACUACAUCCGUGAGCUGAGGCAAAGCAACCAGCGGCUGCAGGAUAGUCUGAAGGAAGUGGAGAGGAUACAAGUGGACAAUGAGUUGUGCAGGCAGCAGAUCGAGGAGCUGAAGAACGAGAAUGCGCUGCUCCGAGCGCAGCUUCAGCAGCACGGCAUCGAGAUGAUCGGAGAGACUCCACCGCAGUAAAAAAAAAAAAAAACAACGACGAGAGCAGGGAGGAGCACCGCCACUCAAACACGCAACUGAUGUGGAGAUUGGAAAAAGGACAUGUGGGGAAUCGCUUUGUUUUUAGUGAUUGCCUCCUUCCCUGGGUUCCCAGGUUGUGAACCCUUCACCAGCCAUUUGUGGCUGCACUUGACUGUUCCGGUCCUGUCGAGAUAACCACCUGUCGCAGUAGAAAUGUGCUUCAAGAAAAGAUUUCCACUCACCUCAUCAGAGUGCUUUGCUAGCACUAGCUAAGAAACAGAACCUCUGCUGAACUUCUCCUGUGUUUUGUAUUUAUGUAGCCUCACUCAUGGACUAUGAUGUUUGUUCCACGUCGUUUUUUUUUGUUUCCCCCCCGUGUAUUAAUUUUGUCAUAGUUCUUGCUUUUACUCUGUUUUUUUUGUUUUUGAUUUCUGUAUUAAUAUGUUGUUUUUAUCUCAUUUAAUUUAUUAGUCCGCUUGCUGUCAGAAGCCCUGAUGGAGACCAGUUACGUUGAAACUCCUGCAUCCCUGAGAAGCAAACUGAAUUUAAAGAGAGGAAAUAUCAAAGUAUGCAAAACAUGGUUCCAGAAACAGAAAUAAUGUGACACACAUAGCUCACCGAAACCCAAAGACAAACAAGACGCUGUGCAAGCCGAAGCCUCUGAGCGGAUUUAUGUAAAUAUGACUUCUCAUGUUUUAAUACAGAUGUUGAAGAAUGUUAGAGCAGAUUAUCUCUGGGAGUCAGCAAUCAAUAAGUCAUUAACUCCACGCUGGCCCGGCGUCACAAUGAUGACCAUGAAGUGUGCAAUCUUGAAGCUUGAUAUGGAAAAACAGACAGUGGUAUACUUGAAUUGUUGGGCAUUUGCUAGAUGGAAGAAACACCUGUUUAAAAAGGCCAUUCACAUGUAAACCUCAGAUAUUUCUGAUGUUUAAUUACAAAGUCAAACAUGAAAGUGUGAAACCUGCAACUUUCCAGCUCAGCACUUUGGAUCAUCAGCUGAAGAGGAACACAGAUCCCAACUUUUGCCAAGCUAUGUUCAGGCACUGUGGGUUUAUUAUUUUCAUCUUUUGUUCUUGUGUGAUUUAGAGGUGUCUGAAUAUGUGUAAGAAUAAUCCCCACAUGCUUCAGUUCUGGCUGCUCUAUUUUUGGUGUUGCAACUCUUCAAAUGGAGCUCAACGCACAGGAGGAGGGGUGGCACCCUGGAGAGCAGCAUUCAAAGACUCCUCACUAUGGAAAAGGAGUGCACUGAAAUACUGUGUUUCUCUUUUAGCAUAGCACAACUGAUUUUCCAAGAAAAAGAUUGAAUAUUUGGAAAGGGGGGAACUUCUAAAUGAUCUCACAUGUUUCUCCACCCACUCAGGCAAACAAUAAGUAAACCAUAAUUGGUUGCACAAACAGAAAAAAGGCCAAUAUUAAUAUUGUUGAUGAUUUUUGUGAAUGAAAAUACACGAUGCGGUUUUGUUCUGCUUCGGGCAACGUGAGCGAAAGCAGAAGAAAGAUAUCAAGCUUUGGAGCCACUCAUUAGAGCGUGAUUGCUUCUAACUGUCUCAACAGCUCAGGAUCCAGAAAACCAACAUUCAGACCACUGGCUAAUUCAGGCAGACUAUUAUUACAUUUUAAUAUCUGAGACUCUGUAAGUUAACAGCUUGUGCUUUGAAAGUGCUGUUCUUCUACAACUGCUAGAUUUAAACCUGAUAGGAAUAGUGCGAGUGAUCUGAUCUCUCAAACUAGGCUCACGGCCAAAGUUGAAAGAUAAACGUGCAGUAGAAUUAGUUUUUUGAGUUUUUUUUUUGUUUUGUACACCACAGAGGAGAGCAGAGAACAUAAAGACAUGAUUAAUCCAUUGGAAGGUGGGAUUUUUCACAAAGUGUUUUGUGGCAACUUACUUUUUUCCCCCCCUUGCUUUUCUUCUUUGAAAUGGCAAAAGAAUGAAAAAAGCUUUCUCUGUGUAGCAGCCUCACUGUUCUCAGGUUAGAGACAUCUUUUCUAAGUCCAAUGGUGGAAAAUAAAAUUUCACUAUAGCUAAUAAUCUCUAUGGACUGUAGCUUCAUUGUUCAGAUCUCAGACAAGCAAAUCAAACAUGCUUCAUUUCUUCCGAGUCAUUUUGUAGAGCUGCAAAGAGUAUUUUAGAAAAAUUUAAGGUCUAAAUUUGUAAAUAUCCAUUUUUGUUGACCUGUGACUUUUUAUUUACAAAUCACUCACUUAGCUUAAUGCAAUCUAUGCCUUCUAGAGAUCUAAACAUCCCCGAUAAAAUUGGCAAUAAUUUA